UGAUAUAUUACUUUAGUACAAGAGAGAAGAAGAUAUCGAACACGAGAUACCCAAUAACUUUUUAAAAUCUUUACCUACUUUUCCCAUCACCUUGCUCGAGGACCUUAAAAUUGUUUCCACUGGUCAAACGCAGAAGUCUUCGCUAGGAGACGUAGAUGCAAUUAUAUCUGUAAAAAAAUUACGGCGGUCCCAUAUAGUCACUGGUUACGCCACCGGAUAAUUGGAGUUACGGUGCUUGUUUAGAAGACGAAGGAAACCUGGAACGAUCAUCCACUUUCCAUGACACCAGUACUUUCCAUAAAACAAAUUGUUUGAAAAAAUUUUUUUAGAUACUGAACGAACCGAAAGCAUCGUUCGGCAAUUUUUAAUAACUAAUUUUUGAAAUCGUUUCAAGUCCGAUAAAUUUACACUCAACCUUUAUAUUUUAAAGUAACCAAUUUUCUAAUUUCAAAGACAGCACAUUUUUAAAAUUUUUUACGAAAAAUAUAUGUGACUUUCAACAGGGUAAGUGAUUUUCAAAUAAAACGAAAACUUUAUUAUUAAAAUUUGUUUUUCAACUAUGGGAUGCAAAGUGGAUUUAUAAAUUUUUCGAUAGUGUUACUGUAAAUGUAAAAUGUACGACACAAAAAAAAAAUUUGACUGAAAAGAGAAAUUGGGAACUCUGUCCCAUAAAAAGAAAAAUCUUCGACUCCUCCGUUCAUUCUAAGCUGUAUUCAUGCAUUCUUGUAAAUGCAUUAAGAAAUAUGAAUCGGGUUGAAGAUAGGAGGAUUUUGGCGUGUGCUACGGUAUGUUGGGUGGUCACGCUUCACGCACCGACGAUGCCUGUCCCUUCCUCUUUUCGCCCGUGGAAUAUCCGUCCGGAAGACCUGUCUCUCUUUCUGUGGUGAUUCAGUUUUGCGACGACAACAUCGACGUACCGAAUGUUCGAUCAACUGCUAAUUGGCAAACAGUACUAAUCGAAAUUCUUCUUGCAAAUAAUUUACGUAAUUCCUUAUUAAAAACUUCAAAAGCCUCUUUAUCGAACCUAAUAAACUUUCCUUUUGUGGGACGAUGGUAUCGAAGAUUGCGUUUUGCAAUGGAAUCGAAAGUUUCUAACAGUGUUUCAAUCAUAAAAGGAAGUGAAAGAUCACGCUUGUUGUGUCAAUGAAUCAUCGUGAAAAAGAAUUUUUCAUUUUUAUUAGUAUCGUGUAAAAGACAUUUUUUUGAAACAUAGAAGGCAGACAGUGAAAUGGCAAGAAUAAUAUGCUCAGUGGUGCAUGAAGAGCCGAUUGAUCAACAUCCUGACUUUCUAACUGCAUUUUAUUUCCCGUGAGAAUGAAAAACGAUUUCGAAAGAGAUCAACGACACCUGCACUUUAUUUGUCUUAUUUUUGGCUCCACUUUAACUAUGACAAAAAUGAGGAUUCUGAGGAAAUUGAUUGGUAUAAUGAUUAUUUGUUCUCUUAUGCAGAGAAGCUGUAGCAAAUAUUUAGAGGGUAUGAACGUGAAUUUAGGGGAUGCUGUACAAUUUCUUCGAGAAUAUGAUAGUGAAGCUUCUGCAAUGUGCACGAGAGUAAUGACAGCGCAAUGGAAUUUUGCAACAAAUGUCACUGAAGAAAAUCGUCGAAGAAUGAUAGAAGAACAGACUUUGAAGUUGAAAUUUGACCGAAUUUCGUGGCGCAAGGCUGUCAGUUUCGCUUGGAGUCGAAUAGGAGAUCCCUUCGCUAAAAGGGAACUCAAGAUGAUCGCUAUCAGGGGACGAAAUUCUUUGACAGAUGACAAAUUUAAUGAGUUGCACAGUCUGAUUCUCGAAAUGAAGGAAAUAUAUGUGCGAACAAGGGUGUGUCCUUAUAGAACUAUAGGAGCAAAUUGUGACCUGAAUUUAGACCAUGAUGUGAAUAAAAUAAUGGCAAAAUCUAAGGACUAUGAUGAAUUAUUAUAUUAUUGGCAUGCUUGGCAUGAAGCUACUGGACCUCAACUUAAAAAUAAAUAUAUGAGAUACAUUCAACUAGCAAAUCAAGCUGCUAGACUAAAUGGGUUUGAGGAUGCAGGUGAUCAAAUGAGAGAAUUGUUCGAAGAUGAAUACUUUCGACAGAACACAGCAGACGUAAUGUCAGCGAUCAUGCAUUUGUACAAAAAUCUCUUUACUUAUGUAAGAACGAAAUUAUUCGAAAGAUACGGCGAUAAAAUAAGAAGGGAUGGACCAAUUCCGGCGCAUAUUUUAGGAAAUAUGUGGGCACAAAAUUGGGAAGAUCUUUUCGACCUAGUACAGCCAUUUCCAGCAAGUAAAAAAUUAGACGUCACUUUGGAAAUGAUGAUUCGAAGAUUCACACCGUUAAGGAUGUUCCAAAUAGCAGAGGAAUUCUUUACUUCUCUUGGAAUGAAGCCAAUGCCACCUGAAUUCUGGAGAUUUUCGAUGUUUGAGAAACCUAUCGACAGGGAAGUCAAGUGUACUCCCAGUGCUUGGGAUUUUUGCAAUAGAAUGAAUUACAGCAUUAAGCAGUGUACGAGGGUUACGAUGGAAGAUUUACUAUCAACACACCAUGAGAUCGCUCGAUUGCAAUACUUCUUACAAUAUAGCGAUCAACCAUUAUUAUUUCGUAACGAGGCAAUUCCAGGAUUUUUCGAAGCAGUCAGUGACGCCAUUGAACUUUCCGUGUUCACCCCUCAACAUUUAAGUAAACUCGAAUUACAUGACAAUUCUACGGAUGAUUAUGGAAGCGAUAUCAAUUUCUUGAUGCUAAUGGCCCUUCGUAAAGUUGCCUACAUGCCAUUUGCGUACAUAGUUGAUGAGUGGAGGUGGCGUGUAUUCAACGAGGGUGUUACGGAUAUGACAAAUAAAUGGUGGGAAUUAAGAUUGCAGUAUCAAGGAAUCGUGCCUCCAGUGCCACGAUCCGAAAGAGAUUUUGAUCCUGGAUCGAAGUAUCAUAUCCCAGCUGACGCUCUUUAUGCCAAAUAUUUUGUUGGUGUUGUCUUGCAAUUUCAACUGUUCGAAUCUUUAUGUGAAAUAGCAGGCCACACUGGUGAUUUACAUACUUGUGAUUUUUAUAGAUCAAGAGAAGCUGGGAGAUUAUUAUCCGAUGUGCUAUCAAUUGGUUCGUCCAGAUCUUGGAAAGAUGUGGUACGACAAAUGACAAGAGGUAGAACAAACAGGAUGGAUGCUAAUGCUAUAUUAAGAUAUUUCGAGCCCCUAAAUAAAUGGCUAAAACGACAAAAUGAAAUGGAACCUGUUGUUGGUUGGAUCACAAAUCGCGAUGACACAGCGUUAUUUUUUCACUGGUACCAAAAUGGCGCUCGAAAAAUCACUUCACAAUUAUUCCUCCCACUGGCUUUGAUUAGUACGCGAAUCUCAAUAUGUUAAUAGCAAAAAGACAAGAUAAUAUAUCGCUGUAUAUAUAACACAAAUUAGAAAUUAUGUAAAUACUUUAUGAAACCUUUGAACAACUGCAUAAUAAGACAUUUACAUGUAUCUUGUAACUGUACUAUGCAAUUGAUGCCAAAAGAAGUAUCACAUUUAUCUACAUAUUGUACCACUAGUAUUUUACAUUAAAUUUAUUUGUAACUAUGUUUAAAAUGAUCUCA